CUCUCCGCCAGCAGUCCUCCUCAGCUCCGCGGCCGAGCGGCUCGUCUCUCUCUGCGGCUCUGAAUGGGUCCUGGUUCCCGGUGACAGCGGCUGGUUCCCGGUUUUCCUGCAGCCCCCUUCACCGGAGGAAGAGCCGUCCGAAGCCCCGCAGCUGCCCCCCCGGCCCCAGCCCGCUGUGUCCUCGGUUCUUUCUCUGGUUUUCCGUCGCUACUCGAUGCGGUAGUUUCCGAUCCGGGAUCAAUCAGCGACUCUCCGGUUGCUGAACCACCUUAAACACGGCUCCAGCACCGAGGUAGCAGCGGAGGAGGACCCCUUCCCCCCGACCCGACCCGACCGGACCGGACCGGACCGGAGGACCAUGGAGUCCACCAAAGCCGGAGGCGUCAUAGCCUACAUCAGCUCGGCCAGCUCGGCCUCCAGCCCCGAGUCGUGCCACAGCGACUCGUCCAACGGCAGCUACCAGUCCACCUCGCCGCCCCGCGGCCCCUCCCCCAGCCACGGACCACCCCGCCGCCCGGCGGACCCCCCGCUGGGCCGCGCGCACAACCACCCGGGGGCGCCGAAGGGCGGGCGGUCCUCGUCCGCGGCCAAGUCUGGCAUCACGAAAAUCAACGGCCUGGUGCUGCUGUGCAAGGUGUGCGGCGACGUGGCGUCCGGCUUCCACUACGGGGUGCACGCCUGCGAGGGCUGCAAGGGCUUCUUCAGGAGGAGCAUCCAGCAGAACAUCCAGUACAAGAAGUGCCUUAAGAAUGACAACUGCCCCAUCAUGAGGAUCAACAGGAACCGCUGCCAGCAGUGCCGCUUCAAGAAAUGCCUCCUGGUGGGCAUGUCCCGCGACUCGGUGCGCUUCGGCCGGAUCCCCAAGCGCGAGAAGCAGCGCAUGCUGCUGGAGAUGCAGAGCGCCAUGAACAACAUGAUGAACAACAGCCAGGCGCCGCCGGCCGCCGACUCCCCCGCUUCCUCCGAGGACGCCGGCGCCGCCCCCUCCCGCUCCCCGUCGUCCUCGCCGCUCUCCAGCUCCAGCCGCUCGGACUCCGGCUCCGACCCGGAGGCCGAGCCGGCCGUUUCCAUGGACACCAGCCCCAGCUCGGCGUCGGACAGCGGCGAGGAGGAGGUGAUCGGCUCGGUGACCAGGGCCCACCAGGAGACCUUCAUGUACAACCAGGAGCAGAGCGCCGCCGCGACCGGCGACCCGCCGUCCAGCGCCGAGCAGCGGCGGGAUGCCUGGAACCGCCACAACAACCAGGUCACCGUGGCGACGCACGCCCCGGCGCCUGAGGCGGGCCCUCGGGAACCGGAGCCCAGCGGCCCCAGCCACUGCCCCUUCAGACUGUCCCGAGGCAGCGCCACCAGCCACUGCCCCGCCUACCUGCACGGCGCCUUCCGCGCCCCGGCCGCCGAGGCGCCGGCCGGCGGGGGCCACGGCGCGCCGCUGUGGCGGGGGGGCAAUCGCAUGCACCUGGUGUGUCCCAUGAACACGUCCCCCCACGUGGACCCCCGCAAGUCCGGCCACGAGGUGUGGGAGGAGUUCUCCCACAGCUUCACGCCCGCCGUCAGGGAGGUGGUGGAGUUCGCCAAGAAGAUCCCGGGCUUCAGGGACCUGUCCCAGCACGACCAGGUCAGCCUGCUGAAGGCCGGCACCUUCGAGGUGCUGGUGGUCCGCUUCGCCUCGCUGUUCGACGUGAAGGAGCGCUGCGUCACCUUCCUGGGCGGGACCAAGUACAGCGUGGACGCCCUGCGGGCCAUGGGGGCCGGGGACCUCCUGGGGUCCAUGCUGGACUUCAGCGAGAAGCUGAUCAACCUGGGCCUGAGCGAGGAGGAGAUGAGCCUGUUCACCGCCGUGGUGCUGGUGUCAGCAGAUCGCUCGGGGAUCGAGAACGUGAACUCGGUGGAGGCCCUGCAGGAGACGCUGAUCCGCGCGCUGCGCAGCCUCAUCACCAAGAACCACCCCAACGAGUCGGCCAUCUUCACCAAGCUGCUGCUCAAGCUGCCCGACCUGCGCUCGCUCAACAACAUGCACUCGGAGCAGCUGCUGGCCUUCAAGGUGCAUUCCUGAGCCGGCCCGCCCGCCGCGGGGCCGCCGGCCCCGUUCCAGUACUGUACCGCCGCGCCGGGGGCGUCCAUGUUUCCGUGUUUGUGCGUAGCCGCUGUACAAACCCUAGAAGCACUUUUUCCUCCCUAGUUUUUGUUUUUUUGCAUUCAUAGUGCAAUAUGUGACUGCUUACUGAUCGAAACUGUACAGCGGACAGUCGGACACUCUUAACUUGAUAUAUUUAGGUUUUUUUGGUUGUUUUUUUGUUUUGUUUUUUUUUUCCUCUGUGGCUCACAGGACUUUAACUUGGUGCUGCGGUUUUAAAAAAGGUCUCUGAUCUGAAAUGACUGACGAGGUGAAAUCCUCUCAAAGAAAACACCCGACAAGCAGACGACAGUGAGACGAGCAAAGGAGGAAGAAGAAGCUGCUACGAGUCCCCGCUUUCAGAAACCCAGACCUCUCGCUCCUGUGCUGUAGGAAGAAGACGCCGUCGUCGUCUCGUGUUCGUGCUUUCCUGUGUUUCUGUCAGUGGGCGGGGCUUGUUCUUUCCUAAUUCUUCUGUGGAAAAUGAAAAAAAAAAAUAAGUACCAGAUCUCCUGCUUCGACUCAUCGCUUUCCCGAUUCAGACGAGAGAAAGAAGAAGAAAAACACAAAGACUUUGUCUCUCAGUCACCAGCAGCUCCAACCUGCUCGGAAACGUUUUUUCUAAUAAAAAAAAAAAAAAAACCUGAAAAAUAAAAACGCAGCUGUACAGAUGUGAGCUGACGCCAGUAAGAGGAUACGAUU